UCCCAUUCUCCACGUGAAGGAUGACAAGUGCCAGGGAAUAGACAAUCAAUAACUUCCUCGUUAUCUGAUAUAAGUACACAUAAUCGUGAAAAAUCAGAUGUCUCCAACUACAGUGUUUGGCAUACAAGUGGAAAUCUAACACCCACAAGAAUGCAUCACUUGUUACGAACGUAAGCCCAUAACAUAAACUGUAACCAGAUGUACAUUUUAGCACAAAAGCAUCCAGGCCUGGUUGGUUACACGUACUGGUUCAAGGAUAUUUUGUACAUAUGAAUUACCAUAUAAUAGGGCCUUAACUGAUUGGAAAUACAUUUACCAAUAACUUGGUUAAAUGUGCUUUAUCAGGAGCAUGUUAUUAAAAUACACUAUGAACUCGCCAGGGCUCAUCCACACUGUUUCUCUUUUGCUUGCCAUAUGUAGGUCAUUACAUGAGCGUCUGGUAUUAUGAAAUGACUCAGCCUCUUGUGUCCUAAUUACGUUCCCUUUCUCCUUAUCAACACCACGCACAUAGCAACUGAGGUACUUCCUUAAUGCUCCUGUAGAUCUAGCCAUAGCAGUUGGGUCAUGAAGGCGCUUGGCAAUUAUAAAAAAUCUCCCCAUCGUCUACGUGAAGGAUAAAGAGUGCCAGGUAUUACAUCUAGAUGCAGCAAUAUAAGGAUCUACCUGCCAUGACAAUCAACACUACAAUAUUGGCAUUCGCGUUGACGCUUACAGGUGCUGCAGGGUUUUACUGUCCGCCAAGAUGCCACUGCAAAUCAUCUCUUCGUCAGGUGGAAUGUCAUAAUCUGAAUUCGACGCAAGUGCCGCAUUGUGAUAAUACGACGUUAAUUUUGAUUCUGAAUGACAUUUGGAUAUCUUCUCUGCGAAACGAUUCCUUUGCAGGACUGUCGCAACUGGAAAAUUUGACGCUGAGUAGUAACACACUGUCACAUGCUGAAAAAGAGGCAUUCGAGCCUUUGGAGAAUAUCCUCUCUAUAGAUCUGAAAGGGAAAAUGCUGUAUCUAGAUAAUCUGGAGCCGGCCUUUUGCCAUGUAUCUAAAACAAUACAGCGGCUCUGUCUGAAUAGAUACAAAGGAAGAAAGACUGCCGAAUUCCAAACUCCGAGAAGUUCCCUCCUCCGUUGCCUUAAUGGCAGCGAUAUCACGGAGUUGGACCUUAGCUAUAACAGUUUACACACGCUUCCUGACUCCUUUUUUUCAGGAUUGACAAAAUUGCAAAAUCUGAUUUUACGUGAUAAUCAUAUUGCCUUUAGGAAGGAAACAUUUGUUGGCUUGAAUAAUCUACGCUUGCUAGAUUUGCGAAACAAUCACUUGAGUCAAAUCCCAAACUUUGGAAAUGUGACGUAUCCGUUUUGUCCAAAUUUGCUUGAAUUACAUCUUGCCUAUAAUGACAUCAGCUCUCUCAACUCUGCUGAUUUCAUUUCCCUUAAAUACUUACAAAGGCUGGAUAUUGGUUGGAAUCUAUUGACAAAAUUCCCAAAUAAUAUGUUUGAAUACAUGCCUGAAUUACAAUUCGCCUUUUUACAGCAUCAACGAAACUUGAAAGAAAUUCAGGAUCUGGCAUUUGCAAGUGCUUCUCUUUUUCAUCUCGAUAUCAGUAUCAACAACUUUCAAUUCAAGGAUGCAAAUUCGGACGUUUUUUCUCAUGCCCCACAUUUGCAAGAGCUUUACAUGUCCGACAACCAUCUGGAUAAGAUCGACGAUGCAGCACUGGAAAAGUUAUUUAGAAACCUUACAAAACUGAGAAAACUCAUCAUUAGCCAGACACGAUUGACUCAUCUUCCACCCAAAUUGUUCGAGACCAAACCGUUCCUCCGUGAGCUACAACUUGGGUCAAACCAGUUGUCGUCGUUGGAUCCAGUCGUUUUUCAAUCUCUUUUUUCAUUGCAAAUGCUAUAUUUGGAAAAUAACCUAAUUCGUACUAUAUACGAGUCAUCGUUGCCACCGUUCGUUUGGAAAAACCUUACAAAAAUUAGCCUUGCAGAAAAUCUUUUUUCUUGCACGUGCGAUAAUUUUUGGUUCCGUACUUGGAUGGACACAACCCAAACAACGAUUGUGGCCCUUCAUCAACGUAACUCAUACCGUUGUUAUGAGCCAAAGGAAUUAGCUAAAUCUCCGUUUCUAGAUUGGCAUCCAUCCAAAGCCCAAUGCACGCCGCUGCCAGCAUGGGUCAUAGCCAGCGCCAUCGGCGUCUCUAUAAUGUUAUUUCUGGCGCUCGUAACAGUGGUGUCCCACCGUUAUCGAUGGUACAUACGCUACUGGUGCUUUACACUGCGUUCCCGUUACAAACGCCUCGAACCGUUUGAAAAUAACGGUACCUUCGUAUUCGACGCAUUUGUGUCCUACAACUGCCAUGAUCGCCAUUGGGUCAUACAAAGACUUCUCCCGAAAUUGGAAUAUGACGCUGGUUUCAAACUUUGUCUUCACGACAGAGAUUUCAUCGUAGGCCAUGACAUCGUGGAUAACAUCGUGGACGCUUUAGAGGUCAGUAGAAAGACGAUUCUCGUGUUGUCCAACAACUUUGCUCAGAGUCAAUGGUGCCAAUUGGAAAUGACGAUGGCUCAGCACAAGCUAUUUGAUGAGAACAAGGAUAUCCUGGUCUUGAUAUUGCUCGAGGACAUUAAACCUGAGAACCUCAGCAACAGACUGACCCUGUUGCUAAGGAAGCAGACCUACAUAGAGUGGCCUCGCGAGGAAGAAGGUCAAGACCUCUUCUGGGAAAGAGUGAAGGCAGCUCUCCAAAAACCGUAUGGGCAUGGAACGCUAUAAUGAUAUUUCACAUCCAGUUUUAAGAAACUUUGCAUGGCCCUAGAAAUGAACCAAGCGAAUCAAGUAUAACUUUAC